AUGGCGGUGAGAAAGAAACACGGAGGGCCAGACUGGAAAUACUAUGAAUCCCCAGAAACUGUUGCUUUAUUCGAACCUGUCAAGCAAUACCUGCUCAAAAACCACAAAAAGUAUGUUCAAGUCGAGCCUCCAACCAAUAAAGGACUCGCUACUCUAGUCGCUCAACUGCUUCAGUUUCAAGAGGACAACUUUGGUAACAAUGUAGCCAAACCACUCCUGACAAAGCUACCUAUGAAGCUUUUCCAAGACUUUUCUUCAGGGGGUGGUCUUUGUACAAUUCUUGGAUCGGUUUAUAAAACAAGAAUGGAGCAAGGAUGGAGAAGGGUAGACUUUCAGUCUCCUUCCAGAAUGGACAGAAAUGUGGAACUCUUUCUGAAUAUUGAGAAAGCUCUUAAAGAGUAUAAAUUGUUGGUCAUCCCUCAAGUGUUCUUUGCACCUGAUGUAGAGCCGAAGUUGAUUGGAAACCUAAAAGACAUCGUAAAGAGACACAAUGGUGCUGUAGUUGAGGACAAAGCUCUAGCUACUCAUGUUGUGCAUGGACCCCCACCACCCAUGCCAGAAGAAGACUGGCUGAGACCUCUGAAGAAACAAGAUGACAGAGUUCUUGUGCAUUGGUGGUACUACCCUGACAGUUAUGAUACCUGGGUGUCUAGCAGUGAUGUGGUAGAUGAACCACAAGAGGAACCUACCCAUAAAGGCCCAUGGCAGGUGAAUGCCCGCUGGUUGACAGAUUUGGAUGAAUUUAAUGAGUGGAUGAAUGAAGAAGAUUAUGAGCUCACACAGUCUGAAAUAGAGAGUGGCAGUGUUGGGACAACAUCACCAUCGCUCAGUAGACGAAAGAGCUUCAGAAGUGGUGCUAGUUCUGAUGAGCCUUCAAGUCCUGACUCAGCUUUGAAGGCAAAAAAGAGGAAACGAAGCCCUUCUCCAGAAUCAAAGAAGAAAAAGAAAAGUGGUCCUGGUACUAGUGGUAUUGUUAAACCACCUGAACUCAAGGAGGAAGACAGUGAGGAUGCCACCAAAGAGUUGCCUGAUCCCACUCCAGUACCUAAUGUGGAGGAAGUACCAAUUCCUUCCUCAAGCAAAGCAAAAGAAGCAGAACUUCAAACUGUAAAGGGAGGAACUCUUACAGACUUGACUGAGAAUAGUGCUUCAGGUAAAAGUGAUAAAGCUUCAGAAGCAGAUGAAACUGAAGAACAUACUGAAGAACCUGAUUCUGUYGCUGCUGCUGUGCAAGAAGAAACUUCUUCUCAUUCUCAGCCAGACAUCUUCAAAGAACCUUUGACUCUCCCAGAUGCUGAACCACAUGAUGAAAACCUUACAGAACAGACUCACCACAUCAUCAUUCCUAGCUAUGCUUCAUGGUUUGAUUAUAAUAGCAUCCAUGCCAUUGAAAAAAGAGCAUUACCAGAGUUCUUUAAUAGUCAAAACAAGUCCAAGACACCUGAGAUAUACCUUGCAUUGAGGAACUUCAUGCUCGACGCCUACAGACUUAACCCCACAGAAUACCUGACUGCAACAGCCUGCCGAAGAAAUCUUGCUGGUGAUGUCUGUGCCAUCAUCAGGACACAUGCAUUCUUGGAGCAGUGGGGUUUGAUUAACUAUCAGGUUGAUGCAGAUGCCCGCCCUGCACCCAUGGGGCCACCCUCCACGUCACACUUCCAUGUGAUGGCAGAUACCCCAGCAGGUCUGCAACCCUUACAGACACCAAAGAGUAUGGCAUCUGUGUCGCAGCAAAUGAUGCAUUUCAAAGAUGAACCAAUCAGUAAAGACGUCAGCAAGUCACCUGCCAGUAGUACUAACUUUGGCCUUCAUACGGACCAGUAUUUGUCAAAGAAGAGCCAAAAGGCAGCAACUGCAACUAAAGAAUGGACAGACCAAGAAACACUUUUACUUUUAGAGGGAAUGGAAAUGUACAAGGAUGACUGGAAUAAAGUAGCCGAGCAUGUAGGCACCCGUACACAAGAUGAGUGCAUCUUACACUUUCUCCGCCUCCCUAUCGAAGAUCCAUACCUAGAGGACAUGAAACUGGGCCCAUUGUCCUUCCAACCCGUACCAUUCAGCCAACAAGGGAAUCCCAUCAUGUCUACCGUAGCUUUCCUGGCAUCUGUAGUGGACCCAAGAGUUGCUAGUGCUGCAGCCAAGGCGGCCUUGGAGGAGUUUUCCAAGAUGAAAGACGAGAUACCAGAAUCUGUUAUCGAUAGUCACGUGAAAAAAGCUGCUACUACCAAACAGACCUCCAUAGCUAAAGAAGAACCCAUAGGUGAUGAUGUGAAGACAGGAGAAGAACCUAUGGAAACUGAUGAUGUGUCCAAACUAACUUCCGGUGAAGCUAAUAUUCUAGACAAAGAUGACGAAUCAUCAAAAGAUGAAGAGGCCUUCGAAUCUGCUUUAGAGAUGAACGGAGAAGGUGAACCCAGUAAGAAGACCAAGGCAGCAGAUACUAAGGAAGGGAACAUUGCUACUGCAGCAGCAGCAGCAUUGGCAGCAGCUGCGGUCAAAGCUAAGCACCUCGCACAAGUAGAGGAAAGGAAGAUCAAGAGUCUGGUUGCUCUGCUGGUAGAAACCCAAAUGAAAAAACUCGAGAUUAAACUGCGUCACUUUGAAGAACUGGAGACCAUCAUGGACCGAGAAAGAGAAGCGUUGGAAUACCAGCGUCAGCAGCUAUUAUCAGAGAGACAACAGUUUCAUCAAGACCAGAUACGAGCAGCUGAGCUGCGAGCACGAGCCGGUUACAUGGCAUCUCCCAUUACACCUUCCAGUCAACAACAGAAUGCACCACAAGCUAAUGGUGUACCACAGCCACGAACUCCUCAGCCAGUACAACCGACUCAGCCCAAUCAGCCACAACAGGCACAGCCACAAGCACCACCGCUGCAACAACAGCAGCAACCACCACCAGCACAAACACAGAAACCCAAACAACCUCAAUUAAAUCCACAACAGCUGCAACAGAAGUUUUCUCAACAGCAGCAACAACAGCAGCACUCUACGAACCAGCCACAGAUGGGAACACCUCAGUUACCGGGUGCCUCUCAGCAGCAGCAAUCAUAUAUCCAGCAGCAGUUUCAAAUGCUACAGCAGCAACAGCAAACAGAACAAGCUGGACGUCCGCAGCCUCAGAUGCACGGUGUUCAGGGAAGUACACCCAGCCAAACCAACGUGUCCUCACCAGCUGCAGCAGCAUCUCCAAACAUAAACCCUGGCUCAGUCAACUCUAUUGGCUCACAUCCCGCAUCAGGAUGUAGCACCCCUGCCUCCUACCUCGGCUCUGCUGCAGCUUCGCCUGCUCCUCAAGGACAUGGACCGGGUACUCCCGGAGGUAUGACUUCAGGACCCCUCGGACAAAUGCAGAUAGGUGGGGCAGACGGUAUGGGGUCUCACGGCUCAUCACCUGCUACUCCAGCAAGCGGUACCAUGGAAUAGAUUAUCGAUAAUUGUAGAUACCUUCGUACUGCCAUCGGAUCCUUUUAUUGUUGUCUAGCAUAAUAUAAUUUCAUAUAAUGUAAAGUCGAUUAAGCUUGAUGACUCCCUAACUGAGUCAUCAGUAGUUCAGUUUUUCAGAUGGUAUUUUAGAUAAAUUAGUGGGUAUGGAUACUAAAUAAUCCUGUAAACAAGUACUGUUGAUGUAACCCUCUUAAUCGAGUAUUUAGCCAGAUGACUGCAUAACAUGACUAACCAUUUACUGUAGUAAUAAAGACGACCACUGUAUAUUAUACCAA